AGAAGGCAGGAGAGCGAGCGACGAGCUGCGAUGCUUUGGGACCGGUCGGGCUAGCAGGUAGCGUGUUGUGUGCGGGUCCGUCAUUCAUUCAGCAGCGGGGACACCGGCCGUCAUGGAGAAUCAGCUAUCGCACUGCAAAAUCGUGGUGGUUGGCGACAGCCAGUGCGGCAAGACAGCGUUGCUGCAUGUUUUCGCCAAGGACGCCUAUCCUGAGAAUUAUGUCCCUACUGUAUUUGAGAACUACACAGCCAGUUUUGAGAUUGAGAAGCAGCGCAUUGAGCUUAACAUGUGGGAUACUUCAGGCUCAACAUACUAUGACAAUGUCCGCCCCCUUGCCUAUCCAGAUUCAGAUGCUGUUCUUAUCUGUUUUGACAUUAGCCGUCCUGAAACUCUGGACAGUGUCCUUAAAAAGUGGCAGGGAGAGAUACAAGAAUUCUGCCCUGGUGCCAAAGUAGUUUUGGUGGGCUGCAAACUGGACAUGCGCACAGACUUGAAUACUUUACGGGAACUCUCCAAACAGCGCCUUAUCCCUGUUACACAUGAGCAGGGCAGCAUGCUGGCCCGGCAGUUGGGUGCUGCGGCAUAUGUAGAAUGCUCUUCCAAGGUGUCAGAGAAUAGUGUGCGGGAUGUUUUCCAUGUGACCACACUGGCCUCAAUCAAUCGGAUGCAUAAGCACUUCAAGCACAGCAACUCAAAGCGAGGACUGAAGCGGUUUACUCAGAUGCCGGGACGGACAGAUUUAUUGACUGACCCUGAGAUCCGUAAAGACCGGGCCAAGAGCUGCUUGGUGAUGUGAGGGUGGGCACAACUGCAGAGGGGCUGAAAUACAGCACUGCCUGUCCAUAUCACUUUGGGUAGUAACUGGGAAUGGAAGGUCUCUGCACUGAUGGCCACAUUCCCCAGGAUGUAGGUCAGAACAAACUAAGGCCUGUCUAGAAGCUGAGUUGGGAGGGAUCUUCCUGAAACUGCAAAUACUCAGCACAGUGCAAAAGCAUCUAGAUGACCCAUGGUUGCACAAAACACACACAAAAAAUGCUCAGGUUGUAGACAUCUUCCAAAGAAAGGAACACUUCCCUGUGAGAAGUACUGGUGGUGAUAAAUACUUCAAAUCUUCUUAAAGGGUUAUUAUUUCACAAUUAGUUUCAAAUGUGUAGAUGUCCAGACACCCCAAGUGUCUGACACUUUUGGGGGCUGUAGGGUGUGUCACUCAGUCCAUGCCCACAGUGUGUGUGCACAUGUAUAUAUGUGCUCAUGUUUGAGGGCAGUCAUGGAAUAAAAGAAUUGCAGAAGAAUCAGAGGAAAUUGUGGUCAUUUUAGAUGAAAAAUCAGAUCAAUUAGGAUGAGGCGGAUGAGGGCUGAUAGUUCUGGGCAACAGUGCACUUGACACUCUGGAGUAACUGGCAGGUCAUUUUGUCCCAAAAGUGCUUUUUCAAAAGGCAGCGGGACUUUCUGUUUUUUUUCUUGAGGAUGUUCCACAUCUGAUCCAAGAAACUUCUUCAGUUCUGACUGAAGAGUGGAAACUAGAAGGAUUUAUAUUUAUAUUCCUUGCAGACAUCAUGGCACAAGGAUGUUGUGCCAUGAGGACUGUAAUCAUUCACCACCAUUUCUUCAGAACUAAAGAAGCCUCUUGGAUGAGAUGUGAAAUGUCUUCAAUGAAAAACAAUGUCCAGUUGCCUUUUGAAAAAGCACCUUUGAGACCACCAUGAUCUGCAUAACUGAGAAUCUCCAUAGACAUUUGACAGGUCACUUCACUACUUGGCACAUUUCUGGAAGAGAUAUUACCAGAGAUAAUUGCCAAGAAAGUAGCACUUUUGGAAGAGAUGGUUUUCAUUAUCUCUACCAAGGGUGAAAUCUAGAAAACUCAACAAUUGUGUCCACUGGAGCCUUUGUUUUCAAUAAUAGCUGCUUUGGUCUUCACUUGUCUUAUAUGACACCUUUUUGUCUCUGCAAAUUUGGGAGACUAGAUAGUCUGCCAUGACCAUGGCUGCAUCGUUCUUUACCUCGAAUUGUUGGCAACUGAAGUCUCCUUAUGUUGCUUUGGGACAUCAAGAAGCAAAACAUAAGUUUUAAAGGUUUGGGAGUAGACCCAUAUGAAUUCCUCUCAAGUGGGAUUGAUGUGGCAAGGCCAUGUGUCUAUGUGAGAGAACAAAACAAAGGACCCUGGACUUCAUUAAGAACCCUGUCAAUCAGUGGAGCAAAAUAAGAGCUGCUAACUGUCAGCUCAGAAGAAAAGAAAUAAGUGUAAGCGCAAGCCACCUCAUAGGGUUGUAUUUGUGGAGGACAGCCAUGUGUUCUAUCUUGAGUUUCUUAAAGUCAGGAUAGAAAUUUAAUACACAUUGCAUGAAACAUUUUUUUAAUGCAGUUAGAAAGAUUGCUUACAGAGAGUUUGACCUCCUUCUAAUGUAUAGGCAAAGGCAGAACAGGAAGGGAAGAUAACCGUUCUGUUGACUAGAGAUACCCUUGCUCAGUCAGAAACCGGUAGCUUUCUGUAUUAUACCUACUGCAGUAUUCAACUGGUUCUAAGGACUCUGAUGAAGGCCUGGUGCAUCCAGAGCAGAGAUUUAUAAACUGUUUUUGAUUACAUUGGACUGGGGGAAAUUCAA